GCUGACAGUGAGUUAAGAGCUCGGCUGGGCGACCUGGCAGUGCGGCCGCUGCCGGCUGGCCAGGAGUGCAGCACCCUGAAGCUGGCCAAGCAUGUGGGUCACUGCUGGACAGAAGCUUGGAGGGCAGGGGCAGCUCGGCAAGAAGAGACAGCGAAGCUGAAGGAGACCCGCAGCAGACUGGAAAGCCAACUGCUGAAUGCAAAGGCCGACAUGGAGCUCGAAACACAGAGCCUAGCCAGAGCAGAAGAGGAGCUGCAGCGACUUGUUGCAGAUCACAGAGCCAGAGAGCGCAUUGUUAAGGAAGAAUUUGCGGUGGCUCGGGCGACGAACUCCCUGCUCAUGGAGGUUCCGAUCCGUGUUGUGCGGGAAACGGAUGCCACGAACAGCUCUGCUGCACUUCCACCUUCUGCUGUCAACAACAGCCAAAGUUGCUCAAUUUUCUCGAAGACUGCAGCCGGCAAACGCCCAGUUCCCAUGCAUCGCAUGGUCCACAUGCUGCGCAUGCUAAGCAUGCUACGGAAAGGCGAAGCGCUUCGCCACGUCACUGCCCCAGAAUCUGUGGAAUUGCUGGGAUUGGCUGGCUUUUUUGGCCGGCAGGCUUUGCAAGCUGCCGAACGGGAGAACGAGCUGCAGGCCACCAUUGCUGCCCUGGAAAAUGACAAGGCACGCCUGAUUCAGGAUCAGGCACGCGCCUCGUUCAAGCAUCGAAGUGAACAGGUGUCUGUCGCCGCUCGCAGACGUAGAAGUCCUCGUAUGCGGGUGAGUUUGAGAUUGAAACUUCUUGGCAGGAAGAGCUCAUCCGGCGCGUGCGAGCUCGAGUCGUCGCGCGGACUCGAUUCAGCUUGCUGUUUGUACACUCAGAAUACAGGCGGCACCAGUUGCUAG